AUGGGCUCCGGGUCAUCCCCUCCUCCAGGGCCAAAGCCCAAGUCUGCUAUUCCCUCACAUCUAUACAACGGUGGUUCUCCGUUGCACCAGUCUACCAGUGCGGUGCAUGCUAGUGAACGUGAUAGCCUCAAUUCUUCUAUUCGCUCAUCCUUCAGUGCUCGCAAACCCAUCGAAUUCGACUCCCCAGGUACAGUGACCCAGUCCACUACAAGCGAUGUCAUCACCGUGAAUGGUGCCAUUCGCAACCCGGUGGCUAUCAGGCCUACCUUGCGUGAUCCUCCUCGAGACCCGAGAGACCAAGGCGGCCCAUUGACUCCGCCAGCGACAGUUAGUCGACCAGCGAGCCCAUAUACUCUGAACCCACCAAUUGACUUUGAUGGGCUCAGCUGGCCCUGUCCCGGAACAAGGGCACGGUUGGAGUCAACCCCUGAACAGAAUGAGGAGCGAAUUAAGAAACUAUCUGGAGCUGUGAGGACUAUUCUGGAGUGUAUCGGGGAGGACCCUGAAAGAGAGGGUCUUCGCGAAACACCCGAACGAUAUGCGAAGGCCAUGCUUUACUUCACUAAAGGCUAUGAGGAGAAUGUGCGCGACUUGGUCAAUGGUGCCGUUUUCCACGAAGACCAUGACGAGCUGGUUAUCGUGAAAGACAUCGAGGUAUUCUCUUUGUGCGAGCAUCAUAUGGUCCCCUUCAUGGGCAAGAUGCACAUCGGAUAUAUUCCUGAUCGCCGUGUUCUCGGUCUUUCAAAACUCGCUCGCUUGGCAGAAAUGUUUUCCCGGCGACUCCAAGUCCAGGAGCGUCUUACAAAACAGGUCGCUCUGGCGAUAUCUGAAGUCUUAAAACCAAGGGGUGUUGGAGUUGUGAUGGAAUCAUCACACCUUUGCAUGGUUAUGCGUGGCGUGCAGAAGACAAGCAGCACCACAACAACCAGCUGCAUGUUGGGUUGCAUGCGGUCGAGCGCAAAAACCAGGGAAGAGUUCCUAACCCUUCUAAACAGCCGGAGAUAG